CUUGGUAUGUGCCAUGUCUAGCUUCACUUGAGACCCUCCAAGAAUUAUGUAGGAAGGAAAAUCUCAGAUGUAAAUCCAUUGGAAUCACCAACGGGAAUCUAAAGAGUUAUGAGGUGGAAUAUUUGUGUGACUACAAGGUAGAAGAGGGCACAGAAUACUAUCUUGUGAAAUGGAAAGGCUGGCCGGAAUCUUCAAAUACUUGGGAACCUCAGAAAAAUCUGAAUUGCCCAUUGCUUCUUCAAAACUUUCUUAGUGACAAGAACGAAUACUUAUCUCGGGUGAGAGAAGGCAAAGCCCUGAAAGUGAGAAACCAUGUCAAAGCUUUGAAACCUGCGGUUGCAGAUUACAUUGUAAAGAAGGCUAAGCAAAGAAUAGCUCUGCGGAGAUGGAAAGAAGAACUCAACAGGAAAAAGAAUCAUAAGGCAAUGAUUCUGGUAGAAAACACUGUGGAUCUUGAAGGCCCUCCUUUAGACUUCUACUACAUUAAUGAGUAUAAACCUGCUCCGGGAAUAAAUGUACUAAAUGGAAUAACGACUGGCUGUGAAUGUGCUGACUGCCCCGCUGAGAAGUGCUGUCCGAAGGAAGCUGGAUUUAUUUUGGCUUACAAUAAACGGAAGAAGUUGAAAAUCCAGCCCGGCUUGCCCAUCUAUGAAUGCAAUUCGUUUUGUAGGUGUGGGCCUGACUGCCCUAACAGAAUAGUACAGAAAGGUACACCGUAUUCUCUUUGCAUCUUCAGAACUAACAAUGGCCGUGGCUGGGGAGUAAAAACCCUCCAGAAAAUUAAAACCAACAGUUUUGUGAUGGAGUAUGUUGGAGAGGUGAUUACAAGUGAGGAAGCAGAGAGACGAGGCCAGCUCUAUGACAACCAGGGCAAUACAUACUUGUUUGAUUUGGACUAUGACUCAGAUGAAUUUACAGUAGAUGCAGCUCGAUAUGGAAAUGUGUCCCACUUUGUGAAUCACAGCUGUGAUCCAAAUCUUCAAGUCUUCAACGUGUUUAUUGAUAACCUCGACUUGCGUCUUCCUCGAAUAGCGCUGUUUUCAACACGGACCAUCAAGGCUGGAGAAGAGCUAACCUUUGACUAUCAGAUGAAAGGUUCACUAGAUCUGACUUCGGACCCUGCUGAUGGUCUUAGCCCAUCCAGAAAGAGGAUCAGAACUGUCUGUAAAUGCGGAGCUGUGUGUUGCAGAGGUUAUCUCAACUGAGUUCGGGUAUCCAAAGUCACAAAAACUUUGUUCUCUUUUAAAUGUGUUUUAAGAAGACUCUUCUUUCACACAUGUAUUCAAGUAUUCUUACAUCUAAUGUAAAUAAGUACA